AUGGUCUCGAUUGUGGAUAAAAACUCAGUUGAAUCUCACUUGCCAGCAUGCAAAAAGAACGUGCAUUUAACUGAUAAUGAGUUUUUUCGACACAGUUUGCAUUGCAAACUGCCGGCGCUGUUACGCCAUCAUAUCGGUGCGAAGAAGCCUAAAAGAGAUAAUCGAAAGGCUCCAGACUAUGCAGCUGAUACUUUGGGUCCCGCGCUUUUUUCAACACCGGAUAUAAUUCGCCGUUCUGUCCAGCCAGAACCACAAUUAAACUUCGAUGGAGGUAACAGUAUAAUACCAGGAAGUGAAAACGAACAAAAAUCGGAAAGCAAGGCAUCAUUGAUUGAAGAAUUACAACCAUCGUUAGAUACAGGUGGGAUCGAAGGAGAAGAACAUUUAUUGGCUACUUUAGAAAUGGAAGCCAACAAACUCGAAGAACUACUUGCUGAAGCAUUAUUGUUACAAGAGGAACUUGGAGUCGAUUUAGCCGAACAUUUCGUAGAGCUGGUAGAGCUGGAUAACAAGGCACAAGUAACACAGCUGCUGGGCGACGAAAAGAGCUCUACCAGACGUGGCUCGCGGUCCAGUCUGGCUAAUAUCGAACGUGAACAAAGUCACGAAGAGGCAAACAGUUCGCUGCCACUGGUGUAAAGGACGCUACACGAAGGACAGUCAGCGGCGAGCAGUGGCCACCACCAACAUAACUAGUGCUAACCCGGGUUUAAAAUUAAGCAAAAUCGCCUGACAAGCAGUCCACGCGACGGUUGUUUCUGGCGAGUAAAGUUGGCCAUGUGACUUACGAAAUUCUCUCCGCCAUGUAAGACUUGCUCGUCGCGUCUACCUGCGGGGCAUCACAGGCCGACGGGAUGGUCGAGCGGAUCGUACAGGCAUCUCCGACGUCUGGCAAUCCUUCCAUCAUCGUGUAAUAAAGUACGCGCCGCGUCGCGAGAUUAAUACCGGGAGUGCCGUGCAAAGUGUCGCGCGAUCAUGAGCGACGAUAUCGUCGAUUUUCGCUCGUGAAUAUCGUGAGUGAGUGCGUCGACGGAGAUGCACAUUGGUGAAGGAUCACGGAGAGGAGGAGGGGGCCUGGGAGGCAUCGAGCAACGGCGGAACGACCGUAAGAUAAUUUAUCUGAUCAACGUAGUUGAUUACAACUCCGCUGUUGCGCAUCGGCCGGUGAGUGAUUUUUUAUUUUAAUGUUAAGGCAACAA